CAGGUGUACGUAUCUUGUGACGCGAAGUCGCGCUGUACUUUGGAGAGCUCCGUCUUCCCUCGUUCACGCCAGAGCAAACGAAUUUUUCUGCGCGUAGAGUCGUGCUUCUACCCGGCCUCUGCCCAGCAGCACUUUAUCUCAACCACCGUAUGACGUCGUAGGCUGUCUUUGAAUGGGAGGUAUUGAAUAUGGCUUCCACAGGAGCAGGCCCGCCUGAACCAGAACAGCCAGCCCCAGAAUCCUCAAACGAUCGGACUUCCCCUUCGAACCGGCCGACGAAACUCUGUGCUACUUGUGAUAAACCCACAGAACUAGGCUGCAGCAAGUGUGGAAACAUCAGUUACUGCUCCGAGCCAUGCCAAACGGCCGACUGGCCCAUCCACAAACUCGUCUGCUGGCAGUUCCAUCUCUUCCAGGAGAGCGACCGUCCCACCCCGUGGCACAUCCGCGCCGUCAUCUUCCCGGUCUACAUUCCUCGACCUCGCUUCAUCUGGCUGCGCAUGAUCAACCAAUACCACCGGGACACGAGGCAGUAUCUAGGCGACGAAAACUACGUCGAGAAGCAGGGCUGGCACAAUUAUGCGUGUCGGACCCGACCCGUCAACUCCCAGCCCCUCUACUUCUACAGCAUCUCCCCCAGCUGCGACUCCUACAACCAACGGCUCCCGAACGCCGCCAUCCCGGCCCUCUCCAGCGUCCCGGGGCUCUCCUUCCUGUGGCGCGGGACCGUCAUCGCCACGGGCGAGUACGGAGACCUCAACAUGCGCGACUUCCGCGCGGCGGUGGACUUCCUGCAGGCGUUCCCCAAGAACCUGGCGCUGAUGGACCCGGCGCGGUACCAGGGCCCCUGCGUCGACGGCGUCAAGCUCAACUGCGACGACGCCGUGGCCGAGCACGGCGUCCGCCACCUGCAGCCCGUGAAGAUGACGGAGCACAUGCUGGCGCACCACGGCCCGUCGCGCCUGCUCGUGUUCCCGACGCUGCAGCUGGUGGUGCGCUUCGCGCCGCCGAUCGGGGCCCGGGCCCGGCGGGGCCGCAACCCGCACUGCGUGCUGGCCCUCGUGCAGGAGAAGGUGUUCAGCCGCAUGUCGGCAAAGGUGAUGCGCCUCGACGACCUGAAGACGCUGAUGCAGGGCACCUACGGGCUGGGGACCAUGAUCAUGCACCGCGCCGACAGGCGGCCGCUGUUGCCGGUGCACGUGCUGGCCCUCGAGGAAUUUGUGCGAGAGAAGGCCGAGCUCGUGGCCGACGGCCAGGGGAAGGUCUGGAGGGAUAGCAUCGCGCUGCAUCUGAGGCCCGAGAACUUUGCUGCCUUCUGGCCGGGGUUCUUGGACAGGCACGACAUGAGUACUGUCGGCGGGUUGGCCCCGCCGUCGCCUUUCGAGAUGUAGCCAAAAUACCGAAAGGCCAUCUCUGUCGUGGCGCUUUCGGACCCGUCGAUAGAAGGCUGAUGUAACCGAGGGGGUUCAGGGAGCUUGGUUUGUAAACGUAUUGUACGUACACCCGGGAAGGUCACUCAUUCCCACAGGGAUGAGGUGCUCUUACCAUGCAGAUAAAACACAUUUAUUGAUCUGUAGCUGG